AGAGCUGAGAACCACUGAGGGAUAGCCAGGCGGUAUGAUGCAGGAAACUCCACCAGCAAUAAAUGUUUCAACCGGCAAUAAAGAUCAAAUGACACUUGGGUUGGUUAACAAAAGACAUACAAGGGAAAAGUGUUGGAAUAUUGAGCACAGAAAUUUUCUGUGCUGAGCUCAGCUGAUGAAAAACAAGUUUCAGUCAGAAAAGCAGUUUGCUUCUGUCAACCCUUCUGCCUAUCAAAUGGAAAAUGGGGCCUGUAUAUAGAAAGAAGGCAGCAGAAAGAAUAACAAAGUCUUACUGAGCUUUUGGCUUCAGACAAAAAAAAAACUGGCAUUCGAAUUCACCUCUGGAAAGUUUAACGCUCUCGAAGGUUGUCUGAGGAAUUUGGAAGGUCAUGGUUGGAAGCUAGCAGGAUCCAAAGCAAUUCAAGGUUAUUACAUUAAAUGCUCUUAGCUUGACUCCACUGUGAAGCAACACCUGAAGUAAGUGAGAACAAUACAAAGACCCAGGGGAAACACUAAUUAUAGCACUGACUAGCUGCUUAUUUCAGCAAUGUACUGUAGGCUUCAGAGAGAAAAAUGAGAGGGCUUGAAGAACUUAACAAAGUGGAUCUUUUAAUAGCCUCAAGAAAAAUAAACUUGACUCUGUUUUGAUAGGAAGAACUAUUUUUUUCAUUGUUUUUUCUUCAAUGAUUCUGCAUUCCAAAUUUCAGGCUCUUUGGAAAGUCUCUCUUUUCCUCCUCCCCCAUCUAUUCUGAUAUAGAUUGUUUUGCUCAGCUGUCUCUUUUCACUGUUUCUACGUUUCUGUAAGUCGCUUGUUUUGAAACUAUGGUUCUCGGAAUAAGCAACCCCCCACCCUCUAUGUAACUGUUAGUCAUAAUGACUCGUUUCAUUUCAAGAUACAUUUGCGAUCUGGAAGUUCUUUGCCUGCUUCUGUUUUCUAAGGGAUAAAGGAAGAACAGAGCCCGACGAUGGCAGAGAAGUGUGACUGCAUCGCCAGCAUGUAUGGCUAUGAUCUAGGGUGCCGCUUUGUUGAUUUCAGGCCCCUAGGCGUUGGUGUCAACGGAUUGGUCCUGUCAGCAGUUGACAGCAAAAGCUGCCGCAAAGUGGCUGUGAAGAAGAUCGCCCUGAGUGAUGCACGGAGCAUGAAGCAUGCCUUCCGUGAGAUCAAGAUUAUCCGCCGGCUGGACCACGACAACGUUGUGAAAGUGUAUGAGGUGUUGGGACCUAAGGGAGCUGAUCUGCAUGGGGAGCUUUUCAAGUUUAACGUGGUGUACAUAGUCCAGGAAUACAUGGAGACUGACUUGGCUCGCCUGCUGGAGCAAGGAACGCUGAGUGAGGAACAUGCCAAACUCUUCAUGUACCAGCUGCUGAGAGGACUGAAGUACAUCCACUCGGCUAAUAUACUGCACAGAGACCUCAAGCCUGCUAACAUUUUCAUUAACACGGAGGACCUGGUGUUGAAGAUUGGUGACUUUGGGUUGGCAAGGAUUGUAGAUCAACAUUACUCGCAUAAGGGUUACCUUUCUGAAGGCUUAGUAACAAAAUGGUAUCGAUCACCACGCCUGCUCCUCUCACCAAACAACUACACCAAAGCCAUUGACAUGUGGGCAGCAGGGUGCAUCCUGGCAGAAAUGCUCUCGGGGAGGAUGCUGUUUGCUGGGAGCCAUGAGUUGGAACAAAUGCAGCUCAUUCUGGAGACGAUUCCCGUAGUCCACGAAGAGGACAAAGAGGAGCUGCUCAAAGUGAUGCCAACUUUCAUCAGCAGUACCUGGGAAGUGAAGAAACCUUUACGCAAGCUGCUCCCCGAAGUAAACGGCGAAGCUAUUGAUUUUCUGGAGAAGAUCCUGACAUUUAACCCCAGGGAUCGAUUAACUGCAGAGAUGGGUUUGCAGCAUCCGUACAUGAGCCCCUACUCCUGUCCUGAAGAUGAACCGAUUUCUCAGCAUCCAUUCCGGAUCGAGGAUGAGAUUGAUGAUAUUUUACUGAUGGAAGCCAACCAGAGCCAGAUGUCCAACUGGGACAGGUGCAGUAUCCAUAGCUUAGCAGGGUAUCAAGUAAGCAUCUCUUCUGACUUGGAGUGGCGACAUGACAAAUACCAUGAUAUAGAGGAGGUGCAACGAGACCCACGAGCAGGCUCCGACUCCAUUGCUGAAGAAGCACAAGUUGAUCCACGCAAAUAUUCUCAAAGCAGCUCAGAGAGGUUCUUGGAGCAAUCACAUUCUUCGAUGGACCGCACGUUUGAUACUGAUUAUGGGAAAUCAUGUGAUUACAAAGUGGGGUCACCUUCCUACUUGGACAAACUGCUGUGGAAAGACAACAAGCCCCAUCACUACUCAGAGCCCAAACUCAUCUUAGACUUGUCACACUGGAAAACAGCGACUAUAGCACCCGCUACAGAGUUGUCACUGGAAGAAGAACCAUCAAACCUCUUUCUAGAGAUAGCUCAGUGGGUAAAGAGCACACAGGCAGGGCUUGAAUGCCCUAGUCCUCUUCCAGAGCUUCAAGAACAAAGUCUGACAUCUUCUCCUCACCAUCAUCAUAAAGAAUCCAACGAUGUAACCAGUGAAACAGACCCUCAGUUUGACUUGGAUGUUUUCAUCUCUAGGGCACUGAAACUUUGCACAAAACCAGAGGAUCUCCCAGACAGUAAGCUUAGUGAUAUCAAUGGGGCUUGUAUUUCAGAGCACCCCAAAGAGAUUGUACAGACAGAGGUGUUUCAAAAAGAGAGGUGGUAAAGAAACAAUGUCUGAUAUUCAUUGCUCAUCUCUUUGUAAGUCUUUGAUAAUGCAUCAAUUACCGGAUGGUGAACAGUAAUUAAGGUUUGACCUGUCAUGAACAUGUCAGUUUCUUACAGUAUAAUGAAUGCCUUUUUGUUGAAAGGCAAGCACAAUUCAAAAAGAACCCCUUUUGAUGCCUUAGAAAUACACUUAAAGGAGUCAAGAGGUGUGAAUGAAAUAUUGAGUUUCUUAUGCUGCCUUACCAAUCUUGCCUUGUAACCUCUGGUACCUAUAUGGUACUUCAAUGUACAAUGGAGAGAUAACUGUACAAGUUUACAAACAGAAGUUGAAUCAACUUCCUUUUUUAUAAAUGGUAUCUUAAAGGAAUAAGGAUGAAGGGGAAUCCCUUCAUUAUGGUGAAGACAUUCCCCUGGUUUGACAGGUUCAAAACAUGUUGACCCAGAGGGCUUCUUUGAACUCAUCUGAGUAUUGUCUGUACAAAGAGGAGUCAUGUAAGGGUAUCUUUUUCAAGUAAAUAGUCCUAUAUACACCUUUGACCAAAUUCUGCCUUAAAUCAGGAAAGAGGGGUUGGAAGAAAAGUAACUAAGGACAGAAUUUGGCCAUCAGGGCAGAAAAUA